AGUCAUUAAAACAGUAUUGUUCAAUCUGUUGUUUUGAUGAAAGAAGAAGAUUGUAUCUUAAAGAUUCAAGAGGACGAAACAUAAAUAUAGCUACACACGAUGAUUAUUUUGACGUUUCUCGUCUGCAUUUGUGGCGAUGCGCGCGAGAUACAACUCCGUGCGCUGAUUAACGCGGUGUAGAUUUUUCUAUUUAUAAGUUUGUGUCGCAAAGUUCGUACAAUUGAUUCAACACGGCACAAGUUUCUGUCUUAGGGAAAAAAGUGUUUGUGAUAAUUAUUUAUAGAGACUAAACGCCUCGAUUGUUGUGCAAAAAUGUCGGAAGAACUCUCCGGUAUAACCAUAGUGAUAUUCAUAGCAGCAGGUGUUCUAACGAUAUUAUUGCUGUUUAUCUUCGCGAAACGGCAAAUUAUGAGAUUUACUCUGAGAUCUCGCCGAGGUCCUCAUAUUCCCAUAGGACACGAUGCGAAGAAGUCCUUGAAGAGGGAAAUAGAGAGGAGAAUAGAGGUGAUACCUAGAAUUCAAUAUGAACCGCAACUCAUCAGUGAUCCUAGAUAUAUCCUGACUUCAGGUGGUCAAGCUCCGCCACAUUAUUACAGGCUGAAAGCAGUUGAUGAUGUAAAAAGCUUAGAAUCAGAGAUUACAAAAUACGACAAUUGUCUAAAGAGACAUCCUUCGGAAAAUCUAAGAGCAUACCUGCUCACCACACUUGCUACUCCGUUGAAUGGAAGUGGCCAGCGUUUGAUUCACCAGUUCUGUGAUCUCUAUGAGCAUGCAAGACACGACCCUACCGAAUUUGGUGACGAGGAAUACCAAGUGUACACUCGCCUGUUCCUUAAGUUAAUGGAUGCGGCACGUUUAUUAAAGUCGUAUCCAAGUAGCAGAAAGUCCAGUCCUAGUCGCACGCCGAUUAAGAAGAGCGUCGAGACAAAGAGGAAUAUUCUGGAGCCCAGAAUGCGUCCGCCCGAGGAACAGAUCCUAACCGGCUCGAGGCCCAAUACUCUAACAGUGAUGACGUUAGACAAUAGUGAAACGUCCGUGUAGCAUUAUGAGUGUCGUCACAUGUAACAUAUGUGACGAGAAAAUUUUAGAUAGGUACGGCACUGAAAUAAUUCGUACGGGAAUUAUGUGACGAAGGAAGAUGAAAUAUUUAGUUUAGUUAGGGAUCGUUAUAUAAUAUGCAUUUUUACUUUUACAACAAUUGCACUUGUGGUCACUACCUUAUUUGAGUUGAGUACCAGUAUUACAGCGUGAAUAAUGCAUAUUUUAUAGGAACAAGGUGUAUAUGGACAAAUGCGUUUUUCUUCCGAUUUUUCUUUAAUAUUUACAUUCGUAUGAUUUUAUAUUUAUAUACAUCUGAAAGCCUUAUAAAGUAACAUUUUCGUGUUCUUUGUGCAUCGACAUCGCGCUUAUAAAAUAUUUUAACGAGUACUGAUGUACAUAUGAAAAAAAGAAGAGUAGUGAUAAUCGACUUAGAAAGUUACUAGUAGACUUUUUUUACAGAGUCUACUUUAUAAUAUGUAAUUCUUUAGAUGUCAAUAGUACUAAACCGGUAAUUACUAAUCGCGAUAAACUGAAGUUUACGUUUUUUUUCUCUUUCGUGAUUGACUCUUCAAAUAGUUAAUAUAAAAUACACGUGUACACGUUCGAUCGUAUAAAUCUACAUAUCUUUAAUGAAAUUCAGGAGAACGUUUAAACCAACAAAAGAAUAGAAAUUUUCACGUUUUUUAAAUAUUCAUUUUUUGACAAUGACG